UGUUGUGAACUUAGUGGCGAUCGGCUCCUUCUUUUUGUGCGGUUGUAGCUUGUUUGUGUGUCUCAGUGGUGGCUGAGUGUGUCAGCACCCAGCGCUCCUCCAUUCACCGGAGCAGGCAGCGAUCGCCAUGACCCACAGGCAGCAGACAAAGCGGCUUGUAUUUUCUGAGAGUUGGUGAAUGAGACGUGAGGAAGGAGAAGGGCCAGCGGUUCUCUGUUUUGUCUUUUCCCACCCGACCGGCCUCAAGUAUGGAGGCCAUGCAAUGUCUGCGAAUCACUGUGUGUACGCGCAGCCCCCAUCCUGAUAUGCCCCUUCUAGGUUUCUAUCAUUGCCACAUAUCCUGCGGAUAUAACCAUGACAACAUGAAUCAGCCAUACAGACAGGCUGUUAGGGGCUCAGUGUUUGGUUCAGGCCAGCCAGAGCUGAGGCCCCGCAAUGGCCUGGUGAGCUCUUCCUAUGGAAACCAACGUGGCAUUGUGAAGCGUGUGUCAGACCAACCGUCAGCUGUGCAGCUGCCAUCCUCCAGUCUCAGACAGGGGUACAAUCAGCCGGACCGAACUCACUGCUACAGCCCGCUGAGGAGGCUGCAGGACCUGGGCUCUGUGGUCAACAGGCCAGACCCCCAGAGUGACCUGCAUCCAAGGAACCACUUGCACUGUGCAAGCCCAAUCAGUGAAGAUGAUGAUGAUGAUGAUGAGUUUGAGGCCCCAUCAGUCCGGAUGCCUAAUUCCCCAGGCAAUGAUGAUGAUAUGGAGGCUUUUGACACGCUGCAGGACGUGAACAGAAACGGCUUCUCGCCGCAAAGUCCUGACAGCCUGGAGCGCUGUUCUCCCAUCCCCAAUGGCUACCUGCAUUUUGAGUCCACGCUCUUUGACAGUAGUGACGUUAAGGUGGAGGAUGAGGAGGAGGAGCACAGCAGCAGUGAGGACCUGGAGCCUCUUCACCUCUCCCAAAAGUUGAGUCAGGACAGAUCUGUUUCUGACAGUAAGACCCCAUGUGACACAGGGGUAGACAGAAGAACAUACAAACCUACUGUUUUUAAUCUGAUGUCCAAAACUAUUUCUGAACUCAACCCUACACUGAGCCCCAGUGCACUGCCAGAAAUCAGUAUGAGAGAUGGGUGGAGUUUGGGUGAGGAAUCAGACAGUGAACUUGCCUCCCCUGUUGACCCUGGACUUAUUUCACCAGCCGGCACCAACUCUAACUCCAACAGCCCAAAGAAGAAGCCUCUUCCUACAGUGAAGUACUUGGAAGGAGACUUGGUGUGGGCAAAGUUCAACAGACGGCCCUGGUGGCCAUGCCAAGUUACCUGUGAUCCAGACCAGGGGAACCACACUAAGAUGAAAGUUCCCAAUCCCCGUCCUUGUCGGAUGUAUUUCCUGGAGACAAUUGGAGAGAUUGUCGAAUGUGCCUGGGUCCCGACGAACGCCAUCGCUCCUUUUGAGGGAGGUCAUCAGUUUGAAGAGUUGCCUGUGCUUCGACGGAGAGGGAAGCAGAAGGAAAAAGACUAUAAGUACACGAUUCCCAGAAGUUUACUGACUGCGUGGAAAGUCAGUGUGGCAGAAGCUGAGUAUCUGCUCCCGGCUCGACAAAGGAAUACUGAAAGUGUGCUUUCAGUGUCCUUGAAUGGAGAGGAGCGUGUACCCAGCCCGCAACCUACUGAAAAGCCACAGGAGGCCCCCUCUCCCUCUGUGGACCCCAGCCUAAUUCCACCACCAAAUAAGCCCCCCAGUGAAAGUGAGAACCAUCUCAUAAAAAACUCUGGCCUUCAGUCCAACAAGAGCAAAGUUUGCAAGAAGAAAAAGAAAUGUCUGUCAGACAUAUUUGGGCAUAUUGUUGGAGGAUCAACGGAAUCAUCUGCUGUCACAAACAUGUUGGACCAGUUUCAUACAACAACUUGUGCACUGAAAGAAGAGCCAAAGGACUCCCCUUAUGCUGACCUGGAUUCGGUUCCAAUGCUGCAUCGUCCUAAACGCACAGCAGUGUCUCCAGUACAGGACAGAAAAGAAGCGGGUUCAACAAAAGUUAAAACAAAGUUUACUAAAAAAUCCAAACAAUGUACAGAUUCCCUUGAUAGCAUUUUAACAAAGAAAUUGACGCCUAAAGAUACAAACUCUGAGCAAAGUUUGGGAAGCUGUAAUGAGCUGUUGUACUGUUCAGCUGAAAAGCACUCUACGAAUCUUCCUGCCAGCAGUCGUCUUAUGACGAGGGCUCUGAAAGCAGAGGAAGAGACAGAUCUCAAAGAUGCACUGGCUACAAGCCAAAUCUCAACAGAUGCCUACAAUGACAAUUAUCCUAAUAAUAAUGCACCCAUCACAACUGAAACCUCUCCUACCAGGAAAUACCCUAACAAUGCAUCGUCCUCUACUGAUCACCCCUCUCAAAAAAGACGUGCAAGGAAGCCUGAUAAGAAACUAAUUCGUAAUGGCUCAUUGAUAAAGUCCAAGUGUGCAGACUCAGGUGUAUCCACCAUGCAUCCUGUCGAAGUCAAGAAAGAAAAUGUUGUCCUGGAUUUAUCUUCUUCUUCCCCGCCCUUGACUCUUACUCCAAUGGAUGCCUUUCAGGACGUCAAGGAACUAAUGUUCAAAUCUCUCGAGAAGAACAACAGCAGCGACUGUGAGCUCACUGUGUUUCGGCCUGAUUCCAAUUAUAAAUUCAGUACCUUCCUGAUGCUGCUGAAAGACAUGCACGACACAAGACAAAAAGAGGGUAAACCCCUCACUGUCCCGCCAUCAGCGGUCCUGAUCAAGGAGGAGCCCUUGGUCAUCCCUGCUGCCUCAGGAGGUGACCUGCGGCGGGGUUCUUGUGAUGGUUUCACUCAGAGGAUCAAAACAGAGAAUGGCCUGUUUGGUAAAAACAAAACCCCCCACAACACAGCGACGAAAACCAAGAACAGGACUAAAGCUAUCAUGAUGGCUGACACCUACCACUGUGAAGACUUUUCUUUUCGCUCGCAGAUCGGCAGCUUAGACAAGCAGCGUAGGAAACAAAGACUACCUGCCAAAUUGAAAUCCAGCGUAGCGGGCCUUUCUUCAGACCUGGCUGACUUGGCUUAUGGCAGGGAGUUUGUCAGCGGCCACGCCGACUUAGCCGAUCCCGGAUCUCGUCCCCCUGCCACUGCUGAUGCAUCGGCCAGCUACCUCGUCAAGAUGUCAGAAUCCACCCUGGCUCCAAAGAAGCGCUGGCAGGUGGUUGAGGGGGCUGCUGAUAGUAAGGGAGAGGUGAUGAGCGAGGCGUCUGCUGAGAUAAACGGGUCUUACACCACAAGGGCAUCACCAGAUCUUGAUCUGGAAAUCGAGGGGCUGGAGAACGACUCGCUCUUCCUGGAGAUGAGCAGCACAGACGGGAAUUCAGAGAACAAACGUCUCCGGAAACCAACUAAAAGGCUCCUGGAGUCAACUGAGGAAUAUGAACAUAUAUUUGCUCCAAAAAAGAAAUCAAAAAAACACACCUCAGAAUCUUCCAAAAUGCAGGCAUCAGGGAUGAUGGAACUCCUCGAUGGCAGUACCCCACAAGAAAAUGUUACCUCAGCCUCGUCUCCUGUGGGGCCCACCGAGGCUCCUUCAGAGCCCGAACCGAGUCCAUCUCAGGAUGAGCUUUCUCCUCCACCAUCCUCAUCGUCUCCAGCCACAUCACAACCCUCCCUCGACCCAGAGACGCCAGAAGAAACUGAUCUACCUCCUGAAUCUG